ACACACCAGGUUUAAAUCUGAACUGCCAUUGGCUGAUUGCUCAGCUUUACAGGUGUCACUUUAGCACUGCCUCCAGGGACCAGAGUGAGAGAAGUUCCACCCAAACCCCACUCAUCCACCCCUCCUUCCUCCUUAUUUGUCCCUCCCCCUCACACGCUGGACAAUGUCUGGCAGCGGGGGGCCAUCGGAGGGAACCCAAAACGCCACUGAGGAGUCCAGGGAUAUGCAGAGUGACAGUUGCUGCAGAGAGGACAGCACCCUGGUCACAGAGCGGAGAAACAGGAGUGGCAUCAUCAGCGAACCGCUCAGCAAGAGCCUGAAACGCUCACGAGCCAUCUCGCAGUACAUCGCUACAUGCUCGGCGGCCGCCGCCGUCGCUAACGCCAAUGCUAACAGACUGGUUCAGAGCUCCAUAGUUUCUACAGGGGCCAAACCACAAACCGUGCCCGCCCAGCACAGAAGCCAGACGGGACACAGCAAACUGGAUAGGGGGGCGUUAGUGUCAGGCCUGCUGGAUUCCCCCAGCGGCCUGCAUCUGGCCCAGGCUGCUGAGCUCCUCAGGAGGGCGGGCAUGCUGCUGCCCAUGGGGGAUCCAACAGGCCUCGGAGUUAGUGGGGUGGGAGACCUGGAGACAGUCUCAGCCUCGGACUCACUGGGCAGUGUGACGGACUUCCCGUUGCUUAGCAACGGUGGGGGCAGUGGCUUCCCAUUCCACCCUGGGCUCUUCAUCAUGACGCCAGCGGGAGUGUUCCUCGCGGACGGGGCACUGUCUCAUGGAGGGGGGCUGACGGAACAGCAGCAGGCACAAAGCGAGCUUUCGUCCGCCAUCAACGGGAACGGCAAGAAGAAACGGAAGCGAUGUGGUCUUUGCCCACCCUGCCGUCGCAGAAUUAACUGCGAGCAGUGCAGCAGCUGUCGAAACCGUAAGACUGGCCACCAGAUCUGCAAGUUCAGGAAAUGUGAGGAGCUGAAGAAGAAACCAUCUGGGGGGCUGGAGAAGGUGAUGCUGCCAACUGGAGCGCCGUUCCGAUGGUUCCAGUAGGACAACUGAACACCCAAACCCCCUCCCACUUCCAAAUGACUGCCAAUCACACACAGCGCCCACUUGGA